UGGUCCCUGGAGGAGGCUCAGCAGGUCCCACCAGUAGGGAGAGCAGUGCCUGUGAGGCUUCUGGACCUCAAGCUCUUCUCACAGAGGGAGGGACGGAACAGACAGCAGACACCAUGGAGUCCCCCUCAGCCCCUGCGCACAGAGGGUGCGUCCCCCGGCAGUGGCUCCUGCUGGCUGCCUCACUCUUAACCUUCUGGAGCCUGCCCACCACUGCCCAGCUCACUAUUGAAUCAGUGCCGCCCAAUGCUGCCGAAGGGAAGGAUGUGCUUCUCCGUGUCCACAACCUGCCUGGGAAUCUAUUCGGCUUUGCCUGGUACAAAGGGGAAAUAGUGGACACCAGCCGUCAAAUCAUAUCAUAUGUAAUAGACACUCAAACAAAUACCUCUGGGCCUGCAUACAGUGGUAGAGAGACAAUAUAUCCCAAUGGAUCCCUCCUGUUCCAGAACCUCACCCUGAAGGACACAGGAUACUACACCCUUAAAACCACAGGGAAAGAUUUACAGGAGAAACAAGAAACUGGACAGCUCCGUGUAUACCGUGAGUGAUUUCUCUCUGACCUCUGG